AGAACUAGCGUUUAUUUCAAUUUGUUGUUUUCUUUUUGUUUAAUCGUAUUUUAUUUAAGUUACUCAAAGCGCACAAAGCAGUUUUAAGGGAAAUAUGAAUGCCUUAGUGCGCUGCACCCUCCUCCUGCUCACGCUGACCAUUUGCGGCAGCUGGGCCAUUCGGUGCUACCAGUGCUCCUCGGACCAGGAUCGCAAGGGAUAUGACAGCUGCGGCGCCUACAAGCGAUUCAACCGCACAGAGCACAUCGCGAUCGAGUGCAACAGCGACGAGAGCCACAUGCCAGGAUCCUUCUGCAUGAAGGUGGUGCAGCAGGGACCCCGAGGAUUUAUCUGGGACGGUCGUUGGCGUCAGGUCAUCCGACGAUGUGCAUCCGUUUCUGAUACCGGAAUUACUGGCGCGUGUAAUUGGGGCGUCUACGAGAACGGUGUUUACUGGGAAGAGUGCUACUGUUCCAGCGAUAGCUGCAAUGGCUCCAGCCUAAUCCAAAUGCACGGAUCCCUGCAGCUGUUGCUAGGAUUCCUGCUGAUCGGCGCUGCCUCCAGAAUUCUUAGAAGUUAAAGGGGAACACAGGCUAAAUAUCCCCACCAAAAACAGACAAAAAGUGCCUUAACAAACCUCUCUUUCUAUUAUCUAAACAGCGAAUGACUUUUUUAAACCAGAAACCGAUUCCGUCCCCUUUUUUAUGUAAUAAAUUAAGUCAGAAAGUUGAACACGCUUGCUAACGAUAAGUUAAAAGGGCUAGCGAUGACAGGUCAAUAUGUAGACCCCAGAUUUUAGCGAGAUAAAAUAUAAAAACAAUGUAAAAUCCCAGAAGUUUAAGUAUACAAACCUUAAAGAGGUCUCUUCCACCCAAAUUAAACGAGAACGUCAAAUCUUAUUCUAGAAACAA